AUGAGUCAUUAAAUGUUUAAAGCCCAAACCCUCCAUCAUCAAACCUGGGGUUUUUGGCCGUCGCUUCCUUUUAUCUCCUCCGUUUCGCGCCGCUCUUCUUCGCCGUUUGCUGCUUUUUUCUCAGAGCUGAAUUCUGGUUUUGAAGAAGAAUUGGAGUAAAUUAAGAAAAUAAGAAAGAAAAAAUGAAGCUGGACGUCGACGUUUUGAGAUAUCUCUCCAAAGAUGAUUUUAGGGUUCUAACCGCCGUCGAACUGGGCAUGAGAAAUCAUGAAAUCGUGCCUUCAGACCUCAUCGACCGUAUUGCUUCCCUCAAGCAUGGAGGCACUUACAAGGUUUUGAAGAACUUACUCAAGCAUAAACUACUGCACCAUGACUCUUCCAAAUAUGAUGGGUUUCGUCUUACAUACCUUGGAUAUGAUUUCCUUGCCAUUAAAACCAUGGUCAACAGGGGAGUUUUCACUGCAGUUGGUCGUCAAAUCGGGGUCGGCAAAGAGUCUGAUAUCUUUGAGGUUGCCCGCGAAGACGGAACUGUGAUGGCAAUGAAGUUGCAUAGACUCGGUAGAACUUCCUUUAGGGCUGUCAAAACUAAGCGUGACUACUUAAGGCAUCGAAGUAGUUAUAACUGGCUCUAUUUGUCUCGCUUAGCUGCACUCAAGGAAUAUGCAUUUAUGAAGGCUUUGGAAGAGCAUGGUUUUCCUGUACCGAAUGCUGUGGACUGUAAUAGGCAUUGUGUAGUUAUGUCGCUUAUCCAAGGUUAUCCACUUGUACAGGUGAAGCAGUUGCAAAAUCCAGAGACAGUUUUUGACACAAUCAUUGGCCUUGUUGUUCAUCUGGCAGAACAUGGUCUCAUUCAUUGUGACUUCAAUGAGUUUAACAUAAUGAUUGAUGAUGAUGAAAAAGUGACAAUGAUUGAUUUUCCCCAAAUGGUAUCUGUAUCACACCGUAAUGCACAGAUGUACUUUGAUCGUGAUAUAGAAUGCAUUUUUAAGUUUUUUGGCAAGAGGUUCAACUUGUCCUUUGAAGAACGCUCUGAUGAUGUUGAUGAUUCAGAGGUAGAAACAGAGGAAAGUGGCAGGCCUACCUUUUCUUCAAUAACCAAAACUGCUGGUUUUCUUGACAAGGAACUUGCUGCCAGUGGAUUUACAACAAAAGAUCAGGAUGACAUUCAGAAAUUCAUUGAAGGCAAUGUUGCAGAGGAUGAUGUUUCUGACAAUGAACAUGAAUCUGAGUCAUGCCAAACAAACAUAAAGGGCUUUGAUUCAUUGAACUUAGAUCAGGAAGAACCAACUUCAAGUUGUAAUGAAGAAGGGCAAAUAGAUGAAAACCAGCAUAGCCCUGAAGCAGGUCAAAGUGGUGAUCCUGAAAGUCAAAAUUCAAGCAAUGAGGAGGAAGAUAAUCAGAAUGCUGAUGAUGCUCAACUAAUGAAGAGCUUGGCCAAGCAGAGACGACGUGCAAUGGCUGCUGCACGUAAAGGACGGAAGAAUAUUGCCUCCAGAAAUUCUUACAAAGACAAAGGGGGUAAAUCUUCGAACAGUUCUAAAAUCCAGAAACAGUUGAGUAGUUGGUAAAUUUUAUUUUAUAAUUGAUCAACGCAAUAGCGUAACUGCGUUAUGUUUUAUUUUUUUAAGGGAUAAUAACCUAAAUAGCCCCUAAAUUAUUGUAUUUUUUUUAAUUUUGAUAUCUAAACAAAAAAAAAUUUUAAUCAA